AAAAUUCAAAGUUUUGUGAUUUUUACGAAACCCAGGUUAAUAUGCUACUCGCCUUUGUAUUUCUCUGUAAUCCUUUUUAUCCUUUAUUAAAAAAAAUUGUAAUUGUCUUAGGAUUCGAACUUGAAGUUGCAACUUGUCAGGCAGAAAAUUUGCUUUCGGGUGUUUUGCGGUCACAGGAGACAGAAUCACAGAACUGAACUUAAUUUCUUCAUUUCUGUGCUAAUUGAAGAGAAAUUAUUUCUCCAAAUUCUCAAAAUUGAAAAAAAAAAAAAAAUCAAAAAUAAAAUAUGGGGGAGCGGUUGAAGAUGGUGGCGUUAAUCGGCGCAAGUGCAUUGAUAGGCUCUCUUUCUACUUACACUCUUCUCAAGCUUCUCAGCAGAAGGGUAGAUGAAAAAGGCAGCAGUCCACAGACGGCAAGAUUUGAUGACAAACAAUCAAUCCUUGAGGCAGACCAAAAUGGAUGUGUUACGCAUAGGAUGGAAAGUAAAGGAGCUCCAGAUAUUUUACAAGAUGAGAUAGUCUCUGAGCAACUGACCAGGAACAUUCAGUUCUUUGGUCUAGAUUGCCAACGGAAAGUAACAGAAUCAUUCGUAGUGGUGAUUGGUCUUGGAGGCGUUGGGAGUCAUGCUGCAUCUAUGCUUUUGAGAUCUGGAGUUGGGAGGUUACUUCUUGUGGAUUUUGACCAGGUUUCACUUUCUUCACUCAAUAGACAUGCCGUUGCAACACGAGAGGAUGUUGGUAUGCCAAAAGCUUUAUGCCUCAAGAAGCACUUCUCAAGCAUUUUUCCAGAGUGUCAAGUUGAUGCUCAAGUGAUUUUGUAUGACGCAUCCUCUGAAGAAAAGAUUUUGUCAGGCAACCCUGAUUUUGUUUUGGAUUGCAUUGACAACAUAGAUACAAAAGUAGCAUUGCUCGCUGCAUGCGUGCGUAGGGGAUUGAAAGUUCUAUCCGCAACAGGAGCAGGCGCUAGAGCUGACCCAACUCGAAUUCGUGUGGCUGAUUUGAGAGAAUCAACAAAUGACCCCCUUUCCCGAACUGUUCGGCAACGGUUGAAGAGAGACCACGGCAUUGAAGGUGGAAUCCCUGUGGUGUUCUCCCUGGAAAAACCGAAAGUAAAACUGCUUCCAUUCAAGGGUCUUAAUGGAGAAGAGGAAAAUCCUUCUGAUUACCAAGUUGUACCAGGGUUUAGGGUCCGGAUUAUACCUGUUCUUGGAUCCGUGCCUGCAAUUUUUGGGCAAAUUAUGGCCUCGUAUGUUGUCACAAAGCUAGCAGGGCUGCAAAUUGAAAAUGAGCCAAUAGUUAAUUUUGAUGUGGAGCACUAUCAAGCUCUCCAUCAGCGGUUGAUUGAGCAUGAAGAACUAGUUUAUGGUACUGCUAGCGAAGUACAGGUAGAUGUUGAAGAAGUGAGGUAUGUUGUCAAGGAGUUGUGGCAUGGACGAAGUGCUAAAGAUGGUUCUUUUAAUGGUGUGGGACGUGCAAUGUGGCGAUCUGUUAACGAAUUGAUGCUCGUAAGGUGGGAUAGCACAAAGCCUGCAUCUGUUUCGAACUUGAUUCUUCUGAAGUUCGAUGAGGUGCUAUUAUAUGAAGUGCAGCAAACUUCAGAGAUGUUGGCGCCAACUUUCUGUUUAUUGCCCUUUCUCUUUGUUAUUAAUAGAGGCGCUAUUGUUCUGUGCCAAUCUCCUUGUUACUCCUUUAGCAAUCUUCUUCCCAGUUUUGUAACUCAUUGGAAACUCUAAAAUAUCAGUGGGAAAAUCUUUAUUGCACAGCCAAAGUUGAAUAGCUGUGUGUGUAACUGAGGCAUAAACUAAACUGUUCAUUUACUGCAAACUCUUGUUUAUAGGAAAUGUGAGUCAGUGCAAGAAAAUAGUUAAUAAUAUAAGUGAUAAGGUAAAAUGAUGGGUGAGUGUAAGAAAAAGUUGAAUAAAUACAGUGGCGUAAAGAGGGUAAGGUGGUAAACGAUAGUACAAAAUAGAGGGAGUACAUUUUUAUAUUAUUUCCAUGGAUAUGGAUACAAAUGAGAAUUUAGUGUUUAUGCAUCAUGCUGAAGCUGGCUCUUGUAAUCU